AUGGCAAUGUUCACCUCAUACCCCCCAGAAAUCAUCGCCCGGGUGUUGGCCAGCUGUGAUAGCUUCAAUGACGCGUUCGCUCUUGCCAGCCCCUGUCAGUAUACUUACGCAGUGUGGUUAGACCAUGGCGCGAGCAUCAUCCAUAGCAUUGGCACGCGAACAAUCCCCGCGUACGAACAUGCUGUCGUUGCCGUGCGCGCCACAAAUACAGUCAAAGAAGCCUUCCACGCCGGCCGGCUACCACCUAAUAUGACGCAUGAUGAUAUCGAAGAGCUGGAGCCCUCUCACCAAAAGUGCCGUUUGCCCGAGUUGGCGGACUUACUUGCGUUCUGUCAUCUGGCUGCGUGUCUGGAGUACGCGUACUUUCACUUUGAGGAACACGGAAAAUUCCAUCGAGUGCUAUACAAAAACCUUCUCGCUGGCGCUUUCUUAUGGAAGUCCCACAAUGAGCUAUUCACCAAAGCUGCCGCAGACGGGGCUGGGAAACGCUUUCUCGAGGAGCUUCGAUCACUGCAAGCUCGCGGAGAUUGGCAAGGUCUUUCGGACGACAGCCAGGCAUACAUUGCAGAGUUCCCGGUGUACGACGUUCACAAGAUGACACCAGCCAGCCAAGAACAGGUGUUCGGGCAUCUUGCUCGUUACUUGAUAGAAGACAUCGCCCUUGUCCUAGACCCGGCCUGUGCCGCCGAAGUACCAUGGGAGGUGAUGGCUUCCAUCUAUGCCCACGAGUAUCACUCACCCCAGUUCUUUAACGCCGGUGGAAAGCAUCGCCAUGGUUGGCCGCCGUUCAAGAACUCAACUGCUUCUGACCUGCCUCCCAUGCGUAAAGUGACAGUUGUUCUGUUUGGGGAGUUUCAAUUGGAAGAGGUAUCGAUGCCUAUCAACAUCGAGGACAUGCAUCGUACUCGACUGGUAGCGACUCAAUUACAGGCCUCAUCCUCAGAGAGUGCACAGGACGGCAACCCCUUCGCUUGCCAUGAUUUCGACAUAGCGGUAACUCUGCAAGAUCGGUAUUUGUUUCUCGGUGGUGAGGAGGCGUGGGAGGACUGCGCUCCACACCCUCCUCUCCAGCUGUACACCUUCAUGCUGAAAAAGCACUAUGGACUUGAAUUCAGUCCAUGCGUGUUUGACCGGAUAUUUGAAGAAGGGUACUAUCUGACGUUUCUCUCGGAAACAAUUUUUGUCGAAACUGAGCACUGCUACUAUGUAGAAACCCUCGCAGCGCUGGCGACUGAUUACGAUGCUGUCUUUUCUAUCCCAAAAUCAGCUGGAUGGUCUGCCGCCUGCUAUGACGAGACGUGUGCCCUCAACCCAUCAGGUACGAGUUCGGAGAAAACACAACUUAGGCAGGUGAUAAGCUAUAAUAGGGGGACGAAUGCCAGGGGACAACCCUUUUCUUCGCUUCAGGAUUGA